UUUUAUUUGUCAUUCAAUUUACAUAUUUUCAUAUUUUAUACAAAGUUUAUUAAUUUUUACAUCUAAAAUUAUGAAAGUUCGUAAGAGAAUUCUUUAUACACCAAAUAUUAGUUUCAGAAGUACACGAAAUAGCUAUAAUUCAAGUUUAUUUAAAGCAAAAAGGGAAAUUUUGAAUUUUGAGGAGAAAAUAACUGCCAAGAAUGCUUGGAAAUUACAAAUUAUUGAUAUGCUUAAACCUCUCUGUCAAAAAUCUGGAAAAGAUGCUCUACAGGUAGCAAGUACCUCAAUAGACAUCAGUGCAAAGGUGUAUGGGAUCAGAGUUGAUGAUGUUCACUCUGAAGGAUUAAAGUUAGCCAAUAAUAUGGCAAGAGUAGCGAAUACUAACCAGGCAGAUAAUGAUGAAGGAGAACAAUCUGAGGGAGAACAGGAAAAUGCAGCAGCCGCUACUAAGAAAAAGAAAAGAAAGAGACAGAACCAAACAGGAGUGAAAAGUACCAUAAACAAAAAUCCCAAAGGUAAUCUUGGAAAAUUACCCAAAUUGGAGCCAACAGAUUUUACGACUAGAGUGAAACCAGACGCAGGAACUAUUGAUAAUCUAUUUACAAAUAUGUUGAAAGAGACAUCUAAUUGCUUUAUUUUAUUAGAUAAAAAUAAAAAGUUCUUCGAAGAGUCUGAUUCUAUAGUUAAAAAAGAGGAAAAAAUAUCCAUGAAGAAUAUAAAAAUUCCAAAAACAGUUGGUAGUAUAAAUCCUGCCUUUAACGACUUCAUUGUUGAUGUAUGGGAUCCUGACCAAGAAGAAAAAAAUUUCAGAUUAAAUGAAAACUCAUUGCUUUCACAAAUACAACCAGUUGUGUUUGAUGACCAUGGUUUCCCAAUACCUGAAUUAGAUGGUUCUAUACAUGACAUAUUUGAAACCAAUGAUAUGGAUGUUGAUGACGAUGACGAUGUGUGUGAAGUAAGACAAGCAAACUCUAUACUCCCACAGAUGCGAGAUAGUGUCCAUGUUGUUGAUUACAGACCUAUGGAAAUGAGUAUACAAACUUCAGAAUAUUCUUUUAAUCCUGUUGUAAGGACUUCUAAUGGAAAAUACAUCGAUCAAAUAUGGGCUGGACCGAGCCAUUGGAAACUGAAGUUUAUCAGAAGGUAA